GUGAUGCGUUUUGGGGGAAUCAAAAAAUGCCGCAAAAAUCGUUAUCAGCAGGCAAGCAAAACCAACCCAGAAAGCGAGGAAAUGAGAAACUUUCAUACAUAAAAAGAACAGUGCAGACCUCGAAACUCGAGAAUUGAGAAUUCCGAAAACCUUCGUCGUUAACCGACCUUUCCCCACCAAACAUCAUAGUUUCCAGCGAAUUGGCCCCUUCUUUCUUUCAGCUACCAUUCACUCUUCCCAAUCUUCGUGCCAUAUACAUACUGCGCUUUCAUAACAUACGGAUUCCGCAUAAGGAACCCAGAAAAGGGUAAAGAAUAUCAUGGGCAAGGAGAGCGCAUCAGUGGAGAUAUCCGAGCCAUUGCUGGAGGAGUCCGAGGGGAUCGGGGCCGUGGAAACAGAGCGUAUCCCGGAGUGGAAAGAUCAGAUCACGAUCAGAGGGCUGUCCGUGAGCGCCCUGUUGGGGACCCUCUUCUGCAUCAUCACCCACAAGCUCAAUCUGACGGUCGGGAUAAUUCCAUCCCUCAACGUUGCCGCUGGCUUGCUGGGGUUCUUCUUCGUCAAGUCCUGGACUAGCUUCUUGUCCAAGUUGGGAUUCUCGGUUCAGCCCUUCACGAGGCAGGAGAACACCGUUAUCCAGACCUGCGUCGUCGCUUGUUAUGGCCUCGCAUUUAGCGGGGGAUUUGGUUCAUAUAUGAUUGCAAUGGAUGAGAGAACUUACAAGCUCAUUGGUGCUGACUAUCCGGGUAACCGGGCUGAAGAUGUUAAGAACCCAGGCCUGCUUUGGAUGAUUGGUUUUAUGUUUGUCGUCAGCUUCCUUGGCCUUUUUAGUCUUGUUCCACUUCGUAAGGUUAUGGUCGUGGAUUAUAAGCUUACGUAUCCUAGUGGCACAGCAACUGCAAUGUUGAUAAAUAGUUUUCAUACAAACACAGGAGCUGAGCUUGCAGGGAAUCAAGUCCGUUGUCUUGGAAAAUAUUUGGGCAUAAGUUUAUUCUGGAGCUGCUUUAAGUGGUUCUUCAGUGGUAUUGGUGAUUCUUGUGGAUUUGACAAUUUUCCUACGCUUGGCCUGGCGUUAUAUAAGAGCACGUUUUAUUUUGACUUCAGUCCAACUUAUGUUGGUUGUGGUCUUAUUUGCCCGCAUAUAGUCAACUGCUCAGUGCUUCUUGGGGCUAUCAUAUCGUGGGGUUUCCUCUGGCCCUUCAUUUCUCAACAUGCCGGAAACUGGUACCCUGCUGACCUUGAGAGCAAUGAUUUUAGAGGUCUCUAUGGAUACAAGGUCUUCAUAGCCAUUUCACUUAUCCUUGGGGAUGGUAUUUACAAUUUGAUCAAGAUAAUAGCAAUAACUGUGAAGGAAAUCUGCAACAAAAGCACCAAACAGAGCAACCUUCCUGUCACUGCAGAGAUUCUAGAUGAUGAAAGUUCUAAACUACUAAUGGAGCAAAGUAGAAGGGAUGAGAUAUUUCUUAAAGACAGAAUCCCCUCCUGGUUUGCAGCUGCUGGAUAUGUGGGUCUGGCUGCAAUAUCAACAGCAACAAUACCAGUCAUCUUUCCACCCCUCAAGUGGUAUCUGGUUCUAAGCUCAUACAUCCUUGCCCCUGCCCUUGCCUUCUGCAAUUCUUAUGGUACUGGACUCACGGAUUGGAACCUGGCCUCAACUUACGGAAAGAUUGGUCUUUUUAUCUUUGCUUCCUUGGUUGGAACCGAUGGUGGGGUUGUAGCCGGCUUAGCAGCUUGUGGGGUUAUGAUGUCCAUUGUCUCCACUGCAGCUGAUCUCAUGCAAGAUUUCAAGACUGGGUACCUCACAUUAUCUUCAGCUAAGUCUAUGUUUGUGAGCCAGUUAGUGGGAACAGCCAUGGGUUGUAUCAUUGCCCCACUUACAUUCUGGUUGUUUUGGACUGCUUUUGAUAUCGGCUCACCUGAUGGUCCCUACAAAGCACCAUAUGCCGUAAUAUUCAGGGAAAUGGCCAUUCUAGGUAUCGAGGGAUUCUCUGAGCUGCCGAACCAUUGCCUGGCCAUGUGUUGUGGGUUUUUUGUGGCAGCUCUAAUUAUAAACCUCAUGAGGGAUGUGAUUCCUAAAAGGAUCUCCCAGUAUAUUCCAAUUCCAAUGGCUAUGGCAGUCCCAUUUUACAUCGGAGCUUACUUUGCUAUAGACAUGUUUGUUGGCACAGUGAUAUUGUAUGUGUGGGAGCGAAUUAAUAGGAAGGAUGCUGAGGAUUAUUGGGCCGUUGCUUCAGGUUUGAUAUGUGGUGACGGUAUUUGGACAAUCCCAUCAGCAAUCCUCUCUAUUUUCAGGAUCAAUCCGCCCAUCUGCAUGUACUUUGGUCCUUCUUCCAGAAGCUGAGCAGAAUGGCAAACACCCCUCCCCCCAAACAAAGAAAAGUGAAAAGCCCUUUGUGAUUAUAUGUUUCUUUGAAUUGGAAUGUUUGUUGGAUCGUGUAAAUGUCAUUUAUAUGAUGAAU